GACCAUAACAUUAACACAGCCUUUCAUUUGACGUAGUCGCUGACGUUUUAAUCGGUACAGUUCAAACAACUGUAAUUCAAUUCAAAUCUUUACGUUUGUUGUAAGUUCAGAGAAAAGCACUACCUGCACUAAUCCCCUAGGGGGAGGUAACGUUGGGGUGAAGGGUUAAGACACGGGUGUUAGAGAGACAAGGGUGGAAAGAAGUUAGGCAGUGGCUAUGCUAUGUUGGUGUGCAGUAGCUAAUAAAAAACCCUUUACUCAAACCAUCGUGAGGAUAUUACAACGUUUAAGUGAUAUUUAAAAAAUAAUAUUUUCUGAAUACCAAACAAUAACUUACCAUGACAUAAAGCCUUACUUCUUCAGAAGUGGUCAUGGCAUUUUGUACCAGAUCAAAAUUAUACCACAGUACCAAAUUAUGAAUGUGAACAGUUUUAAAACAUUUAUGAAUAUUCAGAAUAGAUAUUAACUGAAAAGAUGUUCUUGUGUUUCAGAGAUACUUUUUCCAAGAACGGACAGCCAACCCUGGUGCCCAAACCCGAUUCCAGCGCUCCCAUAGGGACAGCUCGAAGAAUGAGCAGGAAUGACAUCACCCGAAUCAACAGGCUUUACAAGUGCAAUGAGACAGAUGAGACAGAUGUUCUGUCUGUGAGGCUGGCCAUCCAGUCCACCGCCAUCGAGGGGGAAAGUGUGAUUCUGCAGUGCAGCGGGGCAGGAGGAAACCAGAACGGCGUCACCUGGAGGAAGGACGGCCUGGUGCUCACCCAGGGUCCCCGCAUCACCGUGGCCGAGGGCCUGCUGGAGAUCAGCCCGCUCGAGCAAGGAGACGAAGGGGACUACAGCUGCACUCUGGCCACCGAAGCGACCGCGGAGACCGCCACAGCCACACUCACGGUGUACUAUAAAUGUCUCACCUUGGGCGGUUUGAUAGGGAUUGUGAUUGCCUGUUUCAUCGUCCUUGGGGCUCUCUGUAUUUCCAUCUGGCUGCUGGUUACACAGAGAAGGUAUUUUUAUUUAUAUUUUUUUUAUUUUUGGAUAUACGUAUUUAAAUGAGAGAUGCCCUGAGGUCUUAGACUGUCCUAAGAAUUGUGUUUAUUUUUCAGAUAGACAAAACGUACCCUCGGCAUACGGCGUCAAUAUCAGGAACCCAAACUUCAUGCCCUCUGGUAAUAGUUAGGUCCUGGGUUUCUUGAGGUCUCUGUCGUCUGAUGAAAGGGAAACAACCCAGACCUGCUUUGUAAAGCUCCUUGAGACUGUUUGAUUGUUUUCUUGCUAUAUAAAUAAAAUUGUAUUGAAUUUAAA